GCGGAGGGAAGAUGGCGGCGCCGGCGGUGCUGGCGGGGCAGCGCGCCCUGGGCAGGCUCUGUAGUCUCGUGCUCUUCCUUUCCCAGCUCUACCUCCUCUCCGGCCGCGCGGGGUCUUUGAUGACCACAAAGCAUUCACAGCCACAGUCUACAUUUGCAAAAAGUCUAACUUCAGCAAGUACAAACACUCCUUAUUUUAAAGCAGCAGAAAGUACAGAGCUUCCAUCUUAUGUAACUAAAUGCCCUAGCAAUGGGCUUUGCAGUAGGUUGCCACCAGACUGUAUGACAUGUAACACAAACUAUUCCUGUAUAUAUGGGAAGCCGGCCACUUUUGAUUGCAGAGUCAAGCCACACGUUCAUUGUGUUGAUCAACAUAACCAUGAGCAGGAGAACUUUACAAUUAACAUGACAUGCCAGUUUUGCUGGCAGCUCGCAACAACUGAUUAUGUAUGUACCAACUCCACAAGCUGCAUGACAGUCUCCUGUCCGCGACAGCGAUACAAUGCCACGUGUACAGUACGGGAUCAUAUUCAUUGCCUAGGUAAUCGUGUUUUUCCUAAGAUGCUCUAUUGCAACUGGACUGGAGGUUAUAAGUGGUCUACUGCCUUGGCACUAAGCAUCACCCUUGGUGGAUUUGGUGCCGAUCGUUUCUAUUUGGGCCAGUGGCGGGAAGGGCUGGGAAAGCUCUUCAGCUUUGGUGGACUUGGCAUAUGGACCCUAAUUGAUGUGCUGCUAAUAGGUGUUGGCUAUGUGGGGCCCGCAGAUGGUUCUCUUUAUAUUUAAAUGUGGAGGCAAUGUAUUUCAGAGAGGAGCAGUUGCUUGGAAAGAGCUCUAAAUAAAAGACUGUAGAGAUUUGAGCCUUGAAGGUAGGAUGAACAACUGUUGUUUGUAUGUGUAUACAUUUUAAUGUACAGUAUCUGUACUUGGUUUGCCUUUAAGUAAGGUAAAAUAAAAGCGUGGAUCACUGAGUAAGUUGAAGUUAAUUUCUGUUCUUCUAUGGACCUGCUAUUUUUCUCUGAAAAAAUGUUGAACACCUAACCAAAUUCUGUGAUGUGCUUGAACUUGGAUAAUCUGCCAAGGACCAAAAGAGAGGCAAACUAACUUGAAUAUUGUUUGUUUAUUUCGUCUUUGUAUACUUGAAUUUAACUUUAAAGCUAGUUUCCCUCAUUAUGUCAGUAUUUAUUUAUUUAUUUGUAUUUGUGGGAAGAUAAUUUCUAUGCCUGAAUUCCUCUAGCAGUAUGCACAUCACUGAUUUAUUGCGUUAAUCACAUCUUUGUUUUGGGAUGUAGUGGGAGCUGAUAUUUGCAUAGUAACUUGUUGACUUGAUACUGUGAGGUUUUUAGAAUUAGAUUGCAGGAACACUAAAAGUUAAAUACUGAAUAAUUGACAUAGAUUUUAGGACUCUUCCAGAAUGUCUUCAUUUUUGUUGGAUUCAACCUGCACGUUGAUGAAAGGUACGGUUUGUGUUCUUGUGCUAGCAAGCUUCCCAAGGUAAUUUUUAAAAGGGCUGGCAGUAUAAUCGAUGUGUUUAUUCACUUAGGACUUUGUAAUGGGAUGGCGCAGCAAACUAUAGUGCCAUUCCAGCAGAACAUCUUGGUUUAGUUACCUUAUCUAGGGACAGUGCCAUCUCGAGCCGUAUCCCUUUCACUGGACCUGAACUGGCGCCUGUGUAGUGCUAAGGCAUAGAUCUGAAAAUCCUAUAUCUUGAAUAAACUGGAACUUGAAGCUUUUAUGGAAUUAAAUACUCGUAAGUAUGACCUGGUA